AAAGCGUCCGGCGUCCAAAAAGCGAGCGAGGUGGAGGAGUGAAGCGCCUCGACGAUGAGCUCCGACCGAACCCUCGCGGACUUUUCCAGCCCCGACGUCCCGGUACGUGCGCUCGCGCGUCGGCGUCAGGGAAGCGCAACGCGCGGAACAAGGACAUGAUAUAACCCGACCACCUGCGGAGUUUUGUUGGCUUCGGAUAAUCGAGUCCUGUCCGCUCUGCUCAAGGAUGCCUUUCUGCAAGCGGGCGGUCUUGCCUCGGGAUUUGUGCAAAGUCGGCGUCGGGACGUCGACGGUGUUCUUGGACUUGGCCGACGUGUGCGCCUUCACCCUGGCCUCGAUACUCCGCCAACUCGCGGACCUGUCCCGACACUCUCUGGGCGUCCUGGAGGAACUCGAGGGCGAGUUGGCGUCCGUGUGCCGCAGGUCGGGCGCGCUGGAGGGCAGGCUCGACCGAGUCGUCGAGAUACUCCGCCACACUCCUCACACAGCUACCGUCGGACCGGAGGCGGAGAGCGUCAGCAGGCGCAGCAACGGCGGCGGCAUCGGCGAGCACGGCCGCGGCGAUGGCGCGGCCCACUUCAGGUCUCCAUGGCAACAGAGCGUGAACGUCUUCGGCUCCUGGAGCAGGCCCGAAUGCGUGGAAGAGCUGCACCAGCAGGCGCAGCUUAACCUCCAGAGCCUGCUGCAAGACUUUGAAGAGCGGCUGUGCGACGGCAAGCCCCCAGGUCAGACCUUCCGCCACCCACCCUCGGAGAGCUCAGACGAACAUUCCGCCGGGGACAAGCGGCCCGACUUCAUCUUUCUGCCGGCAUCCAAGCAACUCUACGAGGAUGAGACCGCCUCCUCCGUUUUCGGACUGAGGUCCUUGGCCAGUCCGUCUUCGUCGCUGUCUCCGUCGCCCUGCGAGUCGGAUCGCCCGCCGUCGAGCUGGGGCGCAGGACCGCCCGUCGCCGAGAAACCUCGCUGGCACCUCGGCAGACGCGCGCAGACUCAAAACUCGGCAGGUGAAGGAGGUAAAUUUCAUGGUGUGGACUUCCUGCAACACUCGGCAUCCCCUUCUCCGGUGGAGGACUUCCAUCAACCCCGCUCCCUGGAACCUGUCACUGAAACUCCUCGCCAAAACCUCGCCCUGAGGAAGAUUCAGUCGAACCUUGACUCCACUUCACCUUCAGAUAUCAACCUGGACCGACCAGGAACCAUGGAUCACUCUGGCCUGAUUUGCUCCAACACUCCUUCCAGCACCUGGAACGGGCCGAAAGGCUCCACCUUCUCUCCUGGAGCUUGGAACGAGCCUUACAACUACGUUGCCAAAAAAGGCCCGGCGGUCCCGCCCAAACAGCACAGUGUCAUCGGUCACACAGGAGAAGGGGGUCAAGAAGGCCUGAUGUUGGUGAGCAACUCGCAGUCGCUUUCCUUCUCAACUGUGUCCGACACUUCUGGGAGGCAGAGGAACAACGUGACGGGAAGGAGGAGUGAGACUGAGGGGGCCGCGGCAGAUGGAAGGAGAGUCGAUGCGGGUAGGGGAAGGGGAAUGUCGGCACGCUCCGUAGCCGCGGCGAACGCGUUCAAGUUCCGGGAACGUUCCCUCUCCACGCCUACGGACUCUGCUUCCUUUGGCUUUACGGAGAUAGGCACGGAGCAACCGGAUGGGACUUGCCUGUCCGCGGGCAACGGGAACAUGACGUCCGGAGAGCAGCAUUGGCAGCAUCAUAACUUUUUGGGUCUCGGCGAGAAUUACGCUCUCCUCUAUCCCAGAGGGAGCUCCGAAGACAGCGCUAGUACCGCUGACACCAUCUCCGUUUCUGCUUCGGACUACGGUGCCGAUGGACGCCUGUGCCUGCGCUCGCGGUCCAUCUCGCUCAAGAAGUCCAAGCGCAAACCGCCGCCUCCGGUCAGGAGUGUGUCUCUUAUGAAGAACCUCGGCCAGGCGCAAGGAAGGAUCCACCACGAGGGCGGUCUACAUCGGGACGGACGACCAAAGAGCCUGCACAUCCCGAGAGACCAUUACCCCGACUUCCAGCCAGACUUCCUUUUGCCCACCUCCAGAUCUGGCGAGCUCGGCCCGGGAAGCUGCGACGGACCUCCCAAUUUGGAGGUUCACUCGCCAGAGAGGGAGGCAGAACCGACUUUCUCUGCUCACUGGCAGCUGGGAGACUGGAAGAGCAAUGACCCCUACAGGUCUUUAUCGGGCUCCAGUACUGCAACGGGCACGACUGUGAUUGAAUGUAUGAAAGCCAGAGGCAGCUCAGAGUCAUUGCUCAACUCUCCCGCCACCUCCAGAGCCACAUCACCGUCGCACAUCCUCGCAGAAACUGACGUCAAACCCGCUUCGCCCUUCAAACCACCUGGACUCUUGUCCCCGUCGAGCGGCUAUUCCAGUCAGUCAGAAACUCCCACGCCUACCGUGCCGCUCAGUCACUCGGCAGGCGCAGGGACUUUAGGGUGUAAAAUGCGGCCAAAGAUUCCUGAAAGAAAAUCUUCGCUCCCCUCACCAAAGGAUCCUGCCGCCAGGUCCAGAUUGUCCUUUGAGAUGCCGGGAAACGCCCAUCCGGAGCUGUCGUCACUCAAGCCGAAGCAGAAGGCCAGCAGGCGGCAUUCAGACACAUCCGCGGCGGCAAAGCCUGGGAAAAUUAGCCCCAACUCUUCGCAGGUUCCCCCCGUGGUCACCCAGAAUGAGCUGAAAACAAUUCGGCUCCGUUCGGUCUCGCGAGGCGAUCUGGAAGACUGCCCGGACGGUGCCUCAGAUACCAUCGAGGAGGAACAGCAGUGCAGAGACUUUGAAGAUGACGUCAGCCCGCCUCCCACCCUACCCAAACCCAAGCCACCGGUAGCCAUCAAACCCCCUCUCCCAAAACGGCCCCUUAACCUACUUCUGAAGUCUCAGCCCUCCACGCCCCCGCUCCCCCUGGACUCGCCCCCUGCGUCGCCCGUAGCUCGCCCUGUGCCACUGGGCAAUAUUUACAAAGUGAUGAAGAAACCUAAACCUAAAAAGUCACAAAGUCAUUCGAACCCAUCUGCCAUUGCAGAUUAUAACUCUACGUCCACCCAUCCCACCACCUCUGACCAGUGCCUCUUUGACCUCCCUCCCCUUCCGGACCCUCAGCCUCUCCUGGAAGAUGCCUUGUUGGAUCCAGAGUUGGACGCCAGCCUUCAACUCAGGCCAGAGGACGGAGGCUCUCUUCCUUUUCCCUGUACCAACCAAGAGGUUCUUGAACUCCAGGACAAGAGCAAGACGCUCCCUUCGAGAAUGACAAUCUCCUGUCUUGCGGAGCUCUCUGACAAAAAGAAACCCAAGGUUCCUCCCCCAGUCCCCAAGAAGCCCAAUGUCUUACUACUACCUUCAUCAGCCCACCUUUCAACCACAGAUAGCCAGACAACACCGACCGACAACCCGGCGGGCCUUCCGUCUCCCGGAGAUGCUUCCCCCACAGAAAAUAUUCCCGUCGAUCCUGAGAAUCACUUGGGAGCCGACAUUUUGAUGGCGUCGUCGUUGGACUCUUCCCAGAUAGAAUCCUCCCUUGCGGAGCUGGAAGGGAAAACUCCACCGACGAGGAAUGAAACGGACGACGGCGUGGCCUGUGAUAAAACGGUACUUCACAUCGUGGAGGAAUCGGACGAGGACUUCCUAGCUAGCGCACCUGCGACGCACACGACAGAAGACCUGUUCACUAUAAUACACAGGUCCAAGCGAAAGGUCCUGGGUCGCAAGGAGCCUUCCGACUCCUUCGGAAGCCGCCAGAGUCUGACAUCCCCGGUCAAGCAGAUGAACCUGACCAUGGGAGGCAGUCAGAGGUCCAGCUCCCGCAAUGAGAACUUCAUGGCCCUGCUCCAGAAAAAAGGUAGCAAGUCUUCCAGCGCGGGGACCAGAGUGUCCGCCGCCGAACUUCUUAAAAGCACAAACCCUCUGGCGCGACGGGCGACUGAACACUCCGGCGAUGGCGGAGAGGUCCAGUCCGGACAGAGCAAAGGCAACGAUCAGUGAGGUCGAGCUUCUAACGGCUUGGUUCCAACCACCCGUCAGAGUAAUCAUUUGUACAAGAACAUGUGUAACAAAUCAUCCUUCACAAGAUCUUGAUGUUCCCGACCACCGCUAUUGAAUAUGGUGCAAGCACUAGUCAUACGACUUCAGGAACAUCCACAGUCGAUCCAGAUCCUCCACAAAUGGACAAAAGCGCUUUUCUUCGCCGUCGAGAGGCGGUUGUUUGGCGUCUUCUGCGGCAGGAGGACUAACGCAUACGCUGUAACGUAUGCGGCGUGUACAAAGAACAUCUCGAGGACGCACACAAAGAACAGAAAUGUGCGUGCUUAGGCAUGAGUACGUGUGGGCACAAAUCAUCCUCGCGACGCCUGCGGAGUUUCUGCAUGGAGAGCAUGAAGCAGGCCGGGGGGGGGACCGGGAGGAUGGGAGUAGGGUUCUUUCUUCAUGUCGUUUUGGUCCCCAGUGAAGGGAGCGAUGUCAGAUCAACCAGAGGGGACCUUGCCAGAGAGCGAAUGUGCUACAAAAUAACUCUAGUUUCCAAAUUUAAACAAAAACCAGACCCGACUGAAACUACAUUUCAAAGUGGUACCUCGAGAUAUGAAAUGAACUCAUUCCGGAGUGGCUUUUGUAUCAUGAUUUUGUCAUAUAAUGGAAAACGUUUUACAUGUAAAUCGCCUAAUUCGUUCAAAGCUCUAGAUUCAGAUUCAGAGUUUAUUUAUUCCGUUAUAUUUUCUUACAAUGGCAUUUCUUCUUCCCAACCAAAACCGUUUGACCCAUUGACAUCGUUCAUACACCAAAACAACCAGAAUUGUCACGCAAAGCCGGCUCUUUCGUUUGGCACCAAAAUGCCAGUUUAUUAAAGAAUUAAGAUGGACUUCACAGCUGGAAUCAUCUAUUACCGUACGUAUUAUCCUUUAUGGAGCCCCUAAAAGGACAUUAACAGAAAUAAAAUAAAUUUAAGCAACCUGGUGCCCACCAGAUUGUUGUUUUCAAGUGAGAACCAGAAUUGUUGCAAUUAAAUUUAUGACAAUUGGCUAACUUGCAUAGCAAAAGUCUGCUAGCUUACAUUCUAUAUAAUGCUAAUGUUCACAACAAUUGGCUAACUUGCAUCGCAAAAGUCUGCUAGCUUAAAUGCUAUAUAAUGCUAAUGGUUACAACAAUAUGCUAACUUGCGUAGCCAAAGUCAUCUAGCUUAAAUGCUAUAUAAUUCUAAUCUUAACAACAAUUGGCUAACUUGCAUAGCAAAAGUCUGCUAGCUUAAAUGCUAUGUAAUGCUAAUGUUUACAAAAAUUGGCUAACUUGCGUAGCCAAAGUCCGCGAGCUUAAAUGCUAUAUAAUGCCAAUGGUUACAACAAUUGGCUAACUUAAAUAGCAAAAGUCUGCUAGCUUAAAUGCUAAAUAAUGAUGAUCUUUACAACAAUUGGCUAACUUGCAUAGCCAGUCUGCUAGCUUACAUGCUAUAUAAUGCUAAUGUUUACAACAAUUGGCUAACUUGCGUAGCAAAAGUACGCUAGCUUAAAUGCUAUAUAAUGCUAAUGUUUACAGCAAUUGGCUAACUUGCGUAGCCAAAGUAGGCGAGCUUAAAAGCUAUAUAAUGCUAAUGGUUACAACAAUUGGCUAACUUAGUCUGCUAGCUUAAAUGCUAUAUAAUGAUAAUCUUUACAACAAUUGGCUAACUUGCAUCGCCAAAGUCUGCUAGCUUACAUGCUAUAUAAUGCUAAUCUUUACAACAAUUGGCUAACUUGCGUAGCAAAAGCACGCUAGCUUAAAUACUAUAUAAUGCUAAAUUUUUCAAUAAUUGGCCAACUUUCAGAGCAAAAGUCUGCUAGCUUAAAUGCUAUAUAAUGCUAAUGUUUACAGCAAUUGGGUAACUUGUGUAGCCAAAGUCCGCGAGCUUAAAUGCUAUAUAAUGCUAACGGUUACAACAAUUGGCGAACUUAAAUAGCAAAAGUCCGCUAGCUUAAAUGCUAUGUAAUGCUAAUCUUUACAACAAUUGGCUAACUUCCAUUGCAAAAGUCCCUUUGCUUAAAUGCGACAUUAUGCUAAUCUUCAACAAUUGGCUAAUGUGGCAUAGCAAAAGUCUGCUAGCUUAAAUGCUAUAUAAUGCUAACGGUUACAACAAUUGGCGAACUUAAAUAGCAAAAGUGUCCGCUAGCUUAAAUGCUAUGUAAUGCUAAUCUUUACAACAAUUGGCUAACUUGCAUAGCAAAAGUCCCUUUGCUUAAAUGCGACAUAAUGCUAAUCUUUUCAACAAUUGGCUAAUGUGGCAUAGCAAAAGUCUGCUAGCUUAAAUGCUAUAUAAUGCUAAUUUUGACAAAAAUUGGCUAACUUGCGUAGCAAAAGUAUGCUAGCUUAAAUGCUAUAUAAUGCUAACUUUCAGAGCAAAAGUCUGCUAGCUUAAGCGCUAUAAAACACUUUUUUAACAAUACUCUUAACAAAUUGUUCAAACACAGAAACUGCUAAAACUUAUUAACUAAAUUACAAAUGCAUAAAAAGCAAAUUGGCUCAAACAAAAACUUAAUGUUGGUCUAAACAGGGAGCAGAUGGAUUCAACCAUAUUAAAUAAGUUAUGUAAUAUUCACUGUUGCCACUAGAGGGCAGUGUAUCCACCCAAACCAAUAAAACCAAACAAGCAAACACUUUCAAAACCAUUACAACGUCACUGUAAUGAAACGAAUACUCUAAGCAGCAAAAUUUGAUUUGAAGCUUUUUUUUCUAAUCGAAUUACUCGAGUUAAUCAAUCCUAGCGGUGCUGGAUUAGAAUAGAUUUUUUUUUUUUUGGUAGUAUGAAGCUUCGAAAAACAUUUCGUAAAAUGUGUUUUUCCCGUAACGAAGCUUUUCGUAUCUUGGGGUACCACUGUAUUCUGGUUUAAAACAGUUGGAGUAUCCACCACCCAAAGGAAAUUGGGAAAUUUUGUUCUCACUAUCUACUUGGCUGUUUUUAACUUUUUGGCAGCCAGCAAAUUAAUUGUGCAAACAGGAAAUACAAUUUUUAAAAGAAGGACCGAUACGAAAUCUAGUGCAUGAGAGGUAAAAGUAUGCACAUGCGAAUGCUCGCGUCUGUGCACAGAAAGCUGCUUUUCAACCCCGAUUUGCAUGACGUCACCUCCUCGCCUCGACUGUUCGCCGCCCGGCCGCACAAUGACGCCGGGCGUGGUACGAACCGACUCCAUCUUGGCGCCACGGCCAUAGACUUCACUAUCAGUUGAUUGGAAACGUAGGGGGCUGUUGGUUCUAAAACAUCUUCUUCAAUUUAGCUGUUGACCCAGAGUGAGGUGACAAAGGCAGGACACAAGGAGGCAGGAGACAGAGAGUAGACUUUUACCAGACUGCAGUUUUGAGGAGAGUCGGAGAGCGCAACGUGCCAAAUCAGAAUCUCACCGAGGUCUCUCUCACUUUUAAUGAGGGCUUGUUGCUGGGCAGUUUCGAUCGAGCAAAGUUCCUUAUUAUAGUCAUUGAUUUAACAGUCAAACUCUUGAUUAAAUUAACAGUCACACUCUUGAGCGAGCAAGAUAACUUUGUUUUGAACACAUAUUUGCACUCGAAGUAGCUUGGUGGAAAAGUACUGAGACGUUGUGUGAUGAAUCAACAUACUGUAUAAGUGUGUAUCUAUUUAUCAGCAGAAUGUGAGCAAUUGCCGGUAAUAAAAAUGUAAGCACGAUUAUGGGCUAAAACUGUAUUCUUAGAGCAAACUUGUAUAACCCGCAGAGUAUAAUGGUCAUACAAUCAAGCAUAUCUUACAGGGGCCUAUUUUCAAAAACUUUCAUUUUAAUCUUAGUCUUGUGGAUGAAAAUACUGAUUAGUCUUAGUCACAUUUUAGUCAUUUCAAAAUGUGUUCGUCUUUGUCGAGUUUUAGUCAACCAAAACUAAAAACGCCCUAAAACUUUCGUCCUGUUUUCACCUAAAUCCGGUGUUCGAACGCAGUGUGUUUAAGUUUAUCGCAGUGGAAGCUAUCACGACGCUCUGCCCGGCCCCCUACGGGAAGCUGUGGCGCACUGUCUGUAGGAACAGUCUCGUCAACUGAUAAUGAAGUCUAUGCCACGGCGCUCUCAUUGUGACGUAAAAAUCUCAUCUGGUCAGCCGUCACGUGACGCUUUCCUUUGAAUAUUUAGUGGCUGAACAUGCACAUUUGUAUUCGCCUUGUAUAUACGAGAUGGCCUCGCUUGACUUUGACCGUGUGUGAGACGGUCGGAUAAUCUUCCGGCCACAUCGGUUGCGAGCAUGCUGAUGUAAAGACCCCCUAGAUGAGAGAACAUAGGAUCCCAUCGCCAGCCGGGGGCAGCGUUGACUUCAAAAGAGACGGAGACACUUAUCGGAGUUCUAUUUUUGUUAACCCUUCCGGAAAAAGACUUAUUUAAAGGAAUAUCCCGUGUAUGUAUUCAAUCCCCUCGUGGUUUGGUGUGUAGCUGCCCAGAUGACGCGCCGCAUUCCGACAUGCCAGUGCCAUGAAGUGAUUCUAUCAUAAAUAAAUUAUUUUUCUUGCUUAAAAACGUUUCGCUCCAUUUUUUUCUGACGUUCAGUCACAAGAAAGUGUCAUAAGUACUCUUUAUUCUGUCAGUAUCCAUUAUUUUGCACUCUGCCGGAUUUCCCGUGGGAAAAGGCAUUUUUCAGACUAUAAGUCGCAAAAUUUUUCAUAGUUUUCCUGGGCUGGUGACUUAUACAACCGCUAGCAAAAAGUAUGGAAUCACCAGUCUCGGACGAGCACUCACGCAGACAUUUUGUCAUGGAGAAGUUGGAAAAAAAAUAAUGAACUGGUUCAAAAGUGCAACUCUUUAGCAUUCGGAAACACUAAAAGAAAUGAAGAAAAAACAUUGUGGUGGUCAGGAAAUGUAUGAAAUUUUAUAGAGCAAGUGCAGGGAAAUAUAUAUGGAAUCAUUAGAAACAAACAAAGAAAUAACAUGAGUCUUUCUCCAAGGAUUGCUUUAACAGUUAUAGCUCUGUGGCAUGAUGCAUUGUCAUCUUGGAAAAUGACAUAUUUUCAAUUGGAGGGAUAAGAAAGCUGUCUAAAAUUUCAAUGCAAACAUGUGCAUUUAUUGAACAUUUAACCACAGCCAUCUCCCCAGUGCCUUUGCCUGACAAGCAGCCCCAUGUCAUCAAGGACUGAGGGAAUUUUGAUGUCUUCUUCAGGCAGUCAUCUUUGUAAAUCUCACUGGAACAGCACCGAACAAAAGUUCCAGUAUCAUUGCAUUGUCAAGAGUCAAUCUGCAUUGGACAAGGUGUGUUUUCACAUUAUAUUUGGAGUGAUCAUUUGCGAAACUGUUAUGGUUGAGGGGGCUUUGAACGCACCUCAGUUAUUUGGACUUUAAAAAAAAUAAAAAGUUUAUGAUAGACAACUAUUGGUUUUUGAUGUGCUUAUAUUACUCAAAUAGGUAACUAAUUCAGGUUUGAGCAAAAUUAUAUUACAAUUACUGUAUUAAUUUAAAAAAAAAAAAAAAAAAAAAUUCCAAAGGUGACUUAUCAGGCCGGCGGACUGUACACUGCAAAUUUAUAACGUAUUAAUCAUGUUAUUAUUUUCUUUAAUUUUAGUAUAAAAAUUUACUCUUUGUUGUUUUGAGUGUUAACGACUAGUUGAGAUUAAUGCGUCAGAUGAUUCAACUUUAAGUAAAUAUUACUAUUUGUCCUUAUCAAGCCCAUACAUCCAAAAUUUGCUUAUUUGAAAUCUAAGUAAAAUUUAUUUGGAGCACUGGCAGAUAAUCUCACUUAUUUCAAGUAGAUUUACACUAAAAACAAGAUAAUUUAACUACCGUAUUGACCCGAAUAUAAGACGUCCCUGAAAAAGAUGGGGUCGUCUUAUAUUCUGGCCAAUACGGUACAUACAAAAGUGGAGGACACUUCUAAGCAGCUUCCUACUCGAGUUUUGCAGGUUAGCAAAUUCACACAGUUUAAUGUUAUGCAAACUCUGAUGCAGGUUGUAGCAAAAUUUCAGUAGCAAAAUCAGUGGUGUGUUCCCCACCUCCAUAACAUUAACGUCUUUUUACAUUACUUACAGUGGCUGCUGGUGGCUUAAAAAAAAAAAAAAAAAUCCUUCCUCAUUGAAGGGGGCUGUUUAGGCGGCAUUAUGGCGACAUGUUGUACCAUAUUGGCCCGAAUAUAAGACAGCCCUGAUUAUAAGACGACCCCCUCUUUCUCAAGACUCAAGUUUGAAAAAAUACUUUUUGAACACCAAAUUUUUAUACAGAAAAUAAUUACAGUACAUCUGAAACAAAUGAUUAUAACAAUAUAUUUGAGAGAAAAAGCAUGUUAUUUUGCCUCAUUCAAAUCUUAAUAUCUGAACAUUUCAAUAUGUCAGCUAAAGUGCAAUCACACAUGGCUUCUGGUUUUUGAAAUGUAAAUAAACCAAUCUAUUGUCAUAAAACAACAAAACUGCAAUAACUGCAUUAACCAUCAAAGUGAAGUCUAACUGGAACUGUAGUCUUGAAACAAAUCUGAAUAAGGAAAAAUAUUGCAAUAAAAUAAUGCAAACUGGUUAAACUUGAGAGUAGCUGAGAUCUUCAAUGAUAUCUGGCGCCAUCUAGCGUCGUGAAUGGGUAUAACGUCUAAACCGCGAAUAUCAGACGACCCCCACUUUUUCAAUGCAAAAAAAAGUCUUAUAUUCGGGCCAAUAUGGUACUUUAAGUAAAUAUUACUAUUUCUCCUUAUUAAGCCCAUACAUCUAAAAUUUGCUUAUUUGAAAUCUGAGUAAAAUUUACUUGGAACACUGGCAGAUAAUUUCACUUAUUUCUAGUAGAUUUACGCUAAAAACAAGGGAAUUGAACUAGUUUCAAGGAGGUGUCUUUUUUUUUUAUUAUUAUUAUUUUCAGGGAGUUGGCAACCCUAGCAGAAGCUGUUACUGUUGACAUUGACUGAUGCUACUGAGGUGUGUUAACACCCCAGUAAUGGCGGCCACUACUAUAGAGCAACGUCCACAAAUCUCUACUUGGAUUAGUC